GCUGAAUCACAUGCAGGAAAACUACAGGAGGAGACUGAAGACUGCAGGACUGUCACAACGGAACAGAGAGGAAAUCUAAAGCGGCUUUGAGAUGGAAAUGCAACUUCCUCCUCAUGAGGGCGACGUGCUCUCCGUGGUCGACAUGCACACCGGUGGAGAACCUUUACGGAUCGUCCUCGGCGGCUACCCGGAGGUCAAAGGUGACAGCGUGCUCUCUAAGCGCCGCUACGUCCGUGAACAUCUGGACCACCUGAGGAGGCUGCUGAUGUUUGAACCGCGGGGCCACUACGACAUGUACGGAGCUCUGAUCGUGGACAGCGAGGUCCCCGAGGCCCACCUGGGCGUCCUGUUCAUGCACAACGAGGGCUACAGCACCAUGUGUGGACACGCCGUCAUCGCUCUGGGACGCUUCGCCGUCGACUACAAACUGGUGAAAGAGCCGCAGUCACCGGAGACGCAGGUGAACAUCCACUGUCCCUGUGGUCUGGUGAGGGCCUUCGUGGAGUAUUCUGAAGGGAAAUCAGGAGCAGUGCGGUUCCUCAGUGUGCCAGCGUUCGUGUUUGCUACCGAUGUGACGGUGACGGUGGAGGGGUUUGGAGAGGUGACCGUUGACAUCAGCUAUGGAGGAGCUUUUUACGCCUUCGUUGACGCCCAGAGGUUUGGUCUGGAUGUGACCAAGUCCAGGACUCGAGAUCUGGUGGAUGCAGCCACAGCAGUGACCAAAGCUGUCAAAUCCCAGGUGAAGUUGCAUCACCCAACCAGUGAUGAUCUGGCCUUCCUGUACGGAACCAUCCUCACUGACGGCAAAGACGAAUAUUCCCCCGAACCCACCGCCAAUGUGUGCGUGUUCGCAGAAGCUCAGGUAGACCGAAGCCCCACUGGUUCUGGUGUCACGGCUCGAGUGGCUCUUCAGCAUCACAAAGGUCUCAUCCAGCUGAACCAGACCAGGACGUUUCAGAGCGGAGCUACCAGAUCCCAGUUUACAGGAAGAGCUGUCGAGGAGACCAGAUGUGGAGACUUCAAGGCUGUCGUGGUGGAAGUCGCCGGUCGAGCUUUUUACACUGGAGUUUCACGCUUCGUGCAGGAGCCCGAAGACAAACUGAUGCACGGUUUUCUGCUGAAAUGAGCUUCAAUUACAGGUUUUCAAGUUAAACAUGGUCCUGACUUUUUAAACCUUAAAGCAAUGAGGUGCCGUUGAAGCUGUAAAACCAGCUGUGAACGGAAAAUCUCUCUAGUUCCUGUCAGUUUUAUGUAUAAAAGCCAAUCCUGAACAGUAACCUGAGGAAGAAAUUAGUUUUGAUCUCAUCGUAGGUAAAAUUAACAACCUUUCAUGAGGAUUAAAGGAAUAAUUAUCCUGUCCUGAGUUGUCUUUAGUGGAUUAAAAUAGUAAAUACAA